AUGGGAGCACAAGUCUGGCUGGUCGUGGCCGCCAUCGGUACAAUCUGUCACUUUCUUUUUGGAUAUCUCAGCCCGAAGUAUGACCCCCGCGAACCGAAGCCGCUCUCGCAGACGAUCCCGCUGAUUGGCCAUGCCAUUGGGAUGGCCCGUCACGGGCUUGGUUAUUGCACAGCUCUCAGAGAUGUGCCUUCGCCUAUAUUUAGCAUGAGCAUGCUGAACAAGAAAUUCUAUGUGGUUACCUCUGCUACUUUGGUCUCAGCAAUCCAACGUUCUGCAAAGUUUAUCUCAUUUGAGCCUUUUCUGAACGAUGUUGGGGAUCGGCUCGCUGGAAUAAAAGGCGAUGGACUCAAGCUCCUCCAGGAACCUACGAAGAGUGGUGGAAGCCUUAGCACAGCGAUGGUACACGCCAUGGCUACCGCUAUCUCUGGUAGCGGCCUUGAUAAAAUGAACGCUAUCAUGAUAAAUUUCCUCCAGGCAUCCAUGGAUGAAUUGGCGACUGCAACAGAAGACCCCAUUGAUCUAUUUGCAUGGGGCCGGGAUGCAAUGACCACUGCCAGUAGCGAGGCGGUCUGGGGAGCUAAGAAUCCUCUACGACGAAAGGAAGUGCAGGACAUGUUCUGGGAGUACGAAUUAAACUUGACCAUGUUAUAUGUUAAUAUUCUGCCUCAACUCACAGCCCAGAAGUCUUACAGAGCACGAGAGGAACUUGUGAAGGAAUUCAUAAAGUUCUAUGAAGUAAAUGGGCAAUGGGAAGCGUCAGAGCUAUCCCUCGUGAGGUGGAAAAUUCAACACGAAGCAGGCGCGAAUAUUGAAAACAUUGCCCGAAUGGAAGCUACUUUAUGCAUUGGUGUUCUCUCAAACACCGUUCCAUCCCUGUUCUGGCUCACAUUUGACAUUUUCUCUCGUCCUGAACUCUUGGAAAAGCUUAGACAAGAGGUUUGGGAGAAUGCAGUGCACCCUUCCGUCGACUCAGAGGGUAACACUGUUCAUUCUCUUGAUGUUGCGGACAUACGGAACAAAUGUACGCUUCUACUUGCCACUUUCCAAGAAAUGCUCCGUAUACGGUCCAACAGUGCCACGAUCCGCACCGUCCUUGAAGACGUCGAAGUAAAUAACCAGUAUCUACUCAAAAAGGGAUCCAUGCUACUCCUUCCAGCGCAGUUCCUUAAUCUUGAGGGAUCAACUUGGGGCUCGGAUUCAGCAGAUUUCAACCCUUACCGAUUCAUUGACGGUGAUAGGGAAAAAGGUGGCCGCCUAAGAUCCAAGGGAUAUAUGUCAUGGGGUACAUCUCCGAACAUGUGCCCAGGAAGACAUUUUGCUAGUGGAGAAAUCUUACCUGCGGUUGCUAUGCUUUUGGUGCGGUAUGAUAUUACACCUGUCGACGGUACUUGGCACCAGCCUUCGAUAAAUAGAGAGGCAGUUGCAGCGUCGAUCCCACCGCCAAAAGAAAGGUUUCUGGUUAAAUUUUCAACACGGGAGAGUCAGGAUGCAGUAAAAUGGGAGUUCAGGCCUUCCCAAGAACAUGGAAGAUAUAAAUUGGUUACGGGGUAA